UGUUGACAAGAAUCCCGACGACGUCUCGUGGCCUCCAGGGCCGAGUCUGCACCACACAUGGAUCGCGCGAACCAUAUCCCAUAGUCCUGUUACACCAUCGUCCAUACCUCAACCAUUCAGCACGCCAACAUGGCGUCCGGCGGGCCUCCGAGCGGCAACAUCAAAGUGGUCGUGCGAGUGAGGCCCUUCAAUAAUCGAGAGACUGGCCGCAAUGCAAGAUGUAUCGUGUCUAUGCAAGAUGCGCAAACCAUAAUCACACCUCCGCCGCCAGACGGGAAGAGCAAGCCGGUCAAGGCAGCGUUGGAGGGCACCAAAACGUUCGCAUUCGAUAAGUCAUAUUGGUCUUUCAACAAGCAGGAUUCACACUUUGCCGGGCAAGAAGAUCUCUUCACAGACUUGGGCAAGCCACUGCUGGACAAUGCCUUCCAAGGCUACAAUAACUGUAUCUUCGCGUAUGGCCAGACUGGUUCAGGAAAGAGUUACAGCAUGAUGGGCUACGGCGAGGAGGAGGGUGUCAUCCCGCGUAUCUGCAGAGAUAUGUUUGACAGGAUUGAGGGCAUUACCGAGAAGGAUAAGAACCUCACCAGCACCGUGGAAGUCUCCUAUCUCGAAAUCUACAACGAGCGCGUGCGAGAUCUUCUGAAUCCGAGCAACAAGGGCAAUCUCAAAGUCAGAGAACAUCCGUCUACAGGUCCGUACGUGGAAGAUCUCGCCAAGCUGGUGGUCCGAAGCUUUGCGGAAAUCGAUCAUCUGAUGGACGAGGGCAACAAAGCCCGAACGGUAGCGGCGACGAACAUGAACGAGACCUCUUCGCGAUCGCAUGCGGUCUUCACCUUGACUCUGACCCAGAAACGGCACGAUGACGAGACGAACAUGGAUUCUGAAAAAGUUGCGAAGAUCAGCCUGGUUGACUUGGCGGGUUCUGAACGUGCUACCAGCACUGGAGCUACCGGUGCGAGGCUGAAGGAAGGAGCCGAGAUCAACCGAUCUCUGUCGACUCUUGGACGUGUCAUCGCAGCUCUCGCAGAUGCGAGCACGAACAAGGCUAAGAAGGGUGCCCAAGUGCCAUAUCGAGACUCUGUCCUGACGUGGCUUUUGAAGGACAGUCUAGGAGGAAACAGUUUGACGGCUAUGAUAGCAGCAAUCUCGCCUGCGGACAUCAAUUUCGAAGAGACACUGUCUACACUUCGGUACGCCGACUCUGCCAAGCGUAUCAAGAACCAUGCCGUGGUCAACGAGGAUCCAAACGCACGCAUGAUCCGGGAACUGAAAGAAGAGCUUGCUCUAUUACGGUCAAAACUCAGUACAGGUGGUGGUGUUGCUGAAGAGCAGUACAGUCCAGACACUCCUCUCGAUAAACAAAUUGUUAGCUUCACAAGCGCAGAUGGCACGGUCAGGAAAGUCUCCAAGGCUGAGAUCCAGGAGCAAUUGGCGCAGUCCGAGAAGCUUUACAAAGAUCUGAACCAGACGUGGGAAGAAAAGCUCAACAUGACAGAACAGAUUCACAAGGAGCGAGAAGCAGCUCUAGAGGAACUUGGUAUCAGCAUAGAGAAAGGCUUUGUUGGGCUGUCCACACCGAAGAAGAUGCCUCACUUGGUCAAUCUCAGCGACGAUCCAUUGCUCGCAGAAUGUCUUAUCUACAAUCUCAAGCCCGGAACCACGACUGUUGGUAACGUGGAGGCUGAACAGCUUGAAGGUGGAGGGGCGAACGACAAAGUCAAUGGUGAAGCGAACGGCAAUGCUUCUGUCGACAUUCGAUUGAAUGGAUCGAAGAUACUUCACGACCACUGCACCUUCGAGAACGUCGACGGUGUCGUAACCGUGGUGCCAAAAGACGGCGCGGCGAUCAUGGUGAAUGGCAUACGCAUUGAGGCGCCAAAACGAUUACGAUCGGGCAAUCGUGUGAUUCUCGGUGAUUUCCACAUUUUCCGUUUCAACCAUCCCCAAGAGGCCCGAGAGGAAAGAGCGGAACAAGGUAGUCUGCUUAAGUAUUAUGUGACAGCCGAUCAGCUUGAUUCUCCCUCGCCGCGGCCGCCUAAUCAUGAGAGGGCAGCCAGCAGUGUGAGUCGAGCCAUGUCCGAGACGGAUGGCGAUAUGGGCAGUCCUGGAAGCGAAUAUCCUGCUCCUUGGCGCACGCAUGGGCGUGAUAGUGAUUGGGCUUUUGCACGAAAGGAAGCAAUUUCUUCAUCGCUUGGGCCAGACCAGAAGAUAUCCGACUUGACCGAUGACCAACUUGAUGUCCUUUUCGACGAUCUACAACGCGUGCGCGCGGUCCGCAAAGCAAGACCUGGAUCCAUGCUGUUUGACAGCAACGGUGCUGAUACCGACACUGAAUCGGUGUCCUCUCACCCAGUGCGAGAGAAGUAUCUUAGCAACGGCACUUUGGACGCUUUCUCGUUGGACACAGCACUCACGAUCCCCUCCACGCCGCGGCAGUCUGAAGAUGAAGACCGCCUGAAACAGAUUCGGGAAGAGAUGCAAGAGCAGCUGGAGAAGCAGAAAGAUGAAUACCAGCAGAAGUUGCAGAACGCCGAGCAAGACAACGUCGAGAUCGCAGAGUUGCGGAGCGAGAAGGCCAAGAUGGAAGCUUCGCUGCAGGAAAUGAGAGAGCAAAUGCAGCAGCAGUUGUCUCAACAAAAGAAAGAUUUUGACCGCAAGCUCAAGGAACUGCGCUCGCCACCAAAGCCGAGAAGGAAGAGCCAUGGAAAGCUCGAAUUGAGCGAGCGCGAAAUCUGGCUCGCCAGAUACGUGCUGAACCACUGGAGACGGCAUAGAUACGUCGCCAUGGCCGCCGCUGCACUGCGAAACGCCGCGACGUUGAAAGAGGCGCAGGUGAUGAGCCAGCAGAUGGAACGAAACGUCGUCUUUCAAUUUACGAUUGUGGACGUCGGCCACACGUUGGGCUCUUCCUACGAUUUGGUGCUCAAUGGCAUUUCCGCCGAAGAAAGCAACGACCCCGACUUGGAAUCGACACCCAAGCCAUGCCUGGGCGUUAGAGUCAUCGACUUCCACAGCAAUGUGAUCCAUCUCUGGUCUAUCCAGAAGUUGCACAAGCGGGUAAAGGCCAUGCGGCAGAUGGUGCAGUACCUGGAUCGUCCGGAGUACAUGCAGCACUUCCAGAUUGGCAACCCAUUUGAAGAGGACUGUAUGCCCGAAUACACACGCGUCGGAGACGUCGACAUUCCGCUGGCCGCAGUCUUCGAGUGCAGGGUGCAAGACUUCACGCUCGAUGUCUAUUCACCGUAUACGUGCAAUAUCGUCGGCGUCGUGCACCUGUCACUUGAGCCAAGCUCGGCUGAAGCGCCAAGCAGCACGUUGAAGUUCAACGUCGUCAUGCACGAUCUCGUCGGCUGGGCUGAGAGGGAGGGCACGAAUGUUCACGCACAGCUAUUCAUCCCGGGUGUUUCAGAGGAAGGCGGCGCAACCACUACUUCUCUGGUCGGCGGCUUUGGCGAGUCAACGGUGCGGUUUGAGAGCGUGCAUAGCAUGAGCUUGCCUCUCACCGCGCCGCACGAUGCAAGCCUUAGGGUGAGCCUAUUUGCGCAGGUGACGUCCAUGCAUCUCGACAAACUCCUUAGUUGGGACGACAUGCGUGAUGCCUCGGUUGCUGCAAACAUCAAGCCAAGAAAUAAGCGUAAUCACGCAAGGAUACCCGAGCAUGAGUACUAUAGCGACGAGCGUCACGAUGUGUUCGCCCGUGUGCAGAUUCAGGAGAUCAGCGAAGACGGUACAUAUCAGCCGGUCGAAGUCGUGCAGAAUGAUACGCUUGAUCAAGGAGCGUAUCAGCUGCAUCAGGGAUUGCAAAGACGCAUUGUACUAAGCCUGGUCCACAGCUCUGGUGACAGUCUGCCUUGGAAGGAAGUUGACCGACUCAAGGCUGGCAAAGUGCGGCUGCUUGACAGCGAGGGCAAGGUUUCUGACGAAGACACAUCGCAGCCAGAUGUACCGCUUUCGCUUCUCUCGCCUGCAGUGAUCCGCAAUAACCCAGACGGCACGACAAACGUCAAACUCACCGCGCAGUGGGAUUCCAGUGCCCACAGCUCUGCUCUGCUUGACAGGCCUACUUUAGACAAGUACAAAGUGCAGCUGACACUGAAGUGGGAAGUCCACUCACCGAGGAUCACACAUCCGCUGCAAUUUGGCUUCGAUUUUGCAGUGCAGACGCGGCCUCGAGCGUGGUUCCGCCAACAGUCUCUGCUCGGUCAGCUGUUCUACAACCAGCGAGUAGUCCACUCCACUGCCUCAAAUUACGCAGUGACCCUCAAGCCGAGCCAAGCAAAGCGCGCCGGUGAUUUGUGGCGUAUGGAUACCACAGGCGAUUACAUCUCUGGAGAGGAGAUGCUCUCCAGCUGGGCGCCCAGAGGCGUCUCACUGAUCCGAGAUUUCCUGCAGUUGCGAAAGCGGCAGAGACGCAUUGCAGAGAUCGAGGCAGCCCGUGGAGUGCUUGCCUUCGGCGCACUGUCGCCGCCCGCAAAAGCUCUACUAGCAGAAGGCGACAAGUUCAGCGAGAAGCAAAAGGAGAUCUUGGAAAAGGUCCUUGAGCUUUGGACGACCACCACUUCCCCUGGUGAGAUCAUGCUGCUUCAGUCCAAUACGGAGUCUCCAGAAAACGGCGCCGCCUUCGCAAACGGCAGUCGUGAUGGCGCCGAAGAACAAUUACCUUUAGCCGCCACCACCGAGACCCACCUGAAGUCUCCCACCGUUCUCAAGGCCGGGUGGCUGCUGUGUCCUGAUGUCUCCGGGCAGCAUUGGGUACGAACGUAUGUUGAGCUUCGCCGCCCAUUCUUACACCUCUAUUCCAAGGAAGGAGACGAGGUCAAUGCCAUCAACCUCACAAACAGCCGCAUCGACGCUGAGCCGGAAGUUGCCAAACUGCUCCAGCGACCGAAUGUUAGAAUGGAAGUCUGGGCUGUAUACUCCACCAAAGCCUGGCUCUUUGCGUGCCGCAACGACAAAGAGCGCGGCGAGUGGAUCUGGGCGGUAGACAGAAGCUAUGUUGGGACCAACAGUGGAGGAAGAACGCCAGAAGAGUGGCAAUUAUGA